GCGAGCUCUUCUUCCCUUCCCUUCCGCGGCGGCGUUCCCACUGUUUGCCGGAACGUAUAAAACGCAAUGAUAGACAAUCGCAAUCAUUCUUUCGCAUUCGGGUGGUGCUCAAAUUCGGAUUACUUGCGAGUGAACACGUUCGGGUUUGAAUUUCAAACUUUUUUUCGGAAUUCGUGUGUCUGUUUAAUUUUCUACAAGCAAUAAUCAACGAUCAACAAUUUUCAACAUGACAUUAAAGAUAUGUCUGUUAACCCUCGCCUGUUUGGCUACCACCUAUGCGGCGAUUGCUCCAGGGCAGAACGCUUACCUUCCACCUCAACAAAAUGGUUACAAUUACAACAAACCACAACAACCCUUCCAACCUCCAUCAUCCCCACAGCCAUUUAGGCCAUCACCAUCAGCUCCUUUACCAAAACCAACUCCUACAUAUGGUGCCCCACCUGCACCACCACAACCAAGACCCACUUAUGGUGCUCCAGCCCCACCUCAACCCACUUAUGGUGCCCCAGCGCCGAGACCUUCUCAGCCCAGUUUUGGAUUACCUAGCCCGCAACCACCAAGACCAUUCAAUCCACAACCAUCUCCUAAACCUACGUAUGGACCACCUCAGGGACCACCUCCAAGUGGACCCAACUAUGUUGGACAAUCUACAUCUAAUGCUGGUCAACACGCACCGGGUGAGGAUCACCACCAUCAUGAACCAGGCAUGCCUUUUGACUUCAACUACGCUGUAAAAGAUGAUCAGUACGGUAAUGAUUACUCUCACAAUGCGGUUAGUGAUGGAGAUGUCACCACUGGCGAGUACAGAAUCCAACUUCCCGAUGGUCGUACUCAAAUUGUAAAGUACACCGCUGAUUGGAAAACAGGUUUCCACGCACAGGUUAGAUUUGAAGGUACGCCGACUUACCCGGCAUACCAGGGACGUCCUAGCAACCAACAACCUUCCUACCAAGCUCCACAAGGCCCAACUCAAGGUUACCCAAGUGGUCCCGCCAGGCCAAGCCAGCCCACUCAAGGUUACCCCAGUGGACCAGCCAGACCCAGCCAACCCACUCAAGGUUACCCAAGCAGUCCAGCUAGACCUACCCAAGGAUACCCGAGUGGACCCACUCAGGGUUAUCCAAGUGGACCUAAACCAACUCCCAGCUUCCCAUCCCCACCAGCUAGACCAAGCCAACCUACUCAGGGUUACCCCAGUGGACCAGCUAGACCCAGCCAGCCUACUCAAGGUUAUCCAAGCACGCCAGCGCGACCCAACCAAAUUCCUGGCCAGCAGUACACCCCGGACGGUGGAUAUAAAUAUUAAACCGAAUUUGAUACGCGUCUAUGUUUAAAAGUGUCUAGAUAUGCAAUCAACUGUAUUAUAAUUUUAAAAAUUUAGUUUCUAAGACAAUGAUUAUCGACAUAGUAUUAUUAUUUAUGGUUUUUAUAGGACUGCAUUGUUUUUCCAGCGAUCAGAAACAAUUUCGACGUAUUUAUUUUUUCAUUCGGGAAAGCAAUUGGACAAAAUAUGUGACGGUUUUAAUGGCAGACAGUUCUAAUUUGUUUCUUUGUACAAUUGAAUUUUUUUUUUGUAAAAUCUAGCUGUAAUUGUGACGAUAAAACAUAAAUAAAAUAUUUUUUGUAAAAAAUA